AUGAGCAUGCAGUUGGAGGCGAGGAUCGAUCCGCCUGGUAGAACGGGCAGCGGGCACAGCAGGUCAGACCCCUUCAGCAAACGGCCGCCAGUAGCAUUCAUUCGUGGUGUUUCAGUCAUAGACAUGUACACCUGUUCGCUCCACCCAUACUGGUUUACUGCUCACCUUCUUCUGGCCUUUGCAGUAAGAGCCUGCCGAGGGUCACCCCAGUGGGUGGAGCGUGUGGGGUUUCGGCUGGAGUCUGCAGGAGGCCAAGUGCGUCUGAUGGGAGGACGUCGAGUGGAUAAAGGAGUGUGUGAAGACUGGAGCCACAAGAGAGAAAAAACUGUAAAAGUGGAACUCUCAUCCCCAGCCUCAAACAGGAGAAACGGGGGACGGAUCCAGCUACACGCAGCGACCCCAUACGGGGCCUUUUCGAAUACGCAGGACCGAGAAGAUGCAGACCAGAAAGAGGAGAAAAGCAAGAGGGAACUCCUGCACCUCACGCUGGAGAUCGGGGAGAAGAGAAACGUGAUGCCGGACCUGGGAGAGGAGGUGAUGGCUGAGGCGUUGGCCCAGAGAGCUCUGGUUAAACCUGUGUACAACAUCCCACUGCUGCCUCUGUCCAACAGCAGCCAAUACAGACACCCGGACCUGCUGGACUUCAAGGACUACAAGAAGCCGGAGAAACCGGAGCCGGUCAGAACCAAGAGGAAAUACGAGAAGAAGCCAAAGGUCCCUCUGUCUGCGGCGCAUCACUCAGGCCCCGUCUUCUUCAGCCCCAAGGACCUGAACCAGUACGACUUCCCCAGCUCCGACGAGGACUUCUCACAGAUCGUCUCCGGCUCGUCAGACGCAGAGGAGGAGAACGACCCAGAUGGCAGCUUUGCGUUCAGGAGGAAGGCGGGAUGUUACUACCAUGCGUCUCGACCAGAGCAGAGCGGCAACUGGCCCUGGUUAAGCCCGGCAGAGGGAGGACUCGGAGACCCCCGUUUCCGAUUCUGUCUGACGUCCCUGAACGCACCGCGGCGAUGUGUGGGUUUGGCCAGACGUCGAGUGGGCAGAGGCGGCAGGAUCCUGUUGGACCGCGCACACUCGGACUUGGAUCCCGACCUGGACUCGGACCCGGUCUCUCCUCUUCCUAUGGACACUUCGUCUCCUCUUCACAAAAGCAGUACCUCAGAAAACCACACGGCGGACCUCAGCGCGCCCCUCCCCCACGCGUCCAGAACCCCCGUGGACCUCAGUCAGAUCCUCUUGAACAUUAAGUCCUGUCGCUGGAGGCACUUCAGGCCACGGACAAUAUCCCAGAAUGCAGGGGGGUCAGGGGUUCUGUGUCGCAGUGGAUUUAGGGAUCUAAGCCGGUCCGGGUCGGGACUAAAGCGGACUCUAUCAGCGCAGACCAGGGCUGGACCAGGACAAGUCCCAGUUAAUGUGUUCACAGCAGAGCAGUACCAGCAGCACCAGGAGCAGCUGGUGCUGAUGCAGCGUCAGCAGCGAGAGCAAAGUCAACUCCAACAGAGCAGCGCCACCACUGCCCCCCAGCCCCCCGUCACACAGACAAACUCGUCUAAAACCCUGGACCAGGCCUCGGCUCAGUUCGCGGCUUCAGCGCUGGUGACGUCAGAGCAGCUGAGGACCUACAAACCCAAAGACGAGCUGCUGAACUCUGGAGUCAACGGGGUCCUCGCCAACGCAGGCGUGUUCAAAGGCCUGCACCUCUCCAGCGCCCCCUCUGGCCCCCAGCCGUUCCUGCAGCCCAACUCAUCCAGCCCCUCGCAGCCCGCGCCGCUGGGGAUUCUGGGUAACGCCGCGCCCUCCACCACUCAGGUCCUUAUUGGGAACAACCUGUGUCUGAGCGUACCGUCGGCCCGCCACCUGCCCCGCGCCCUGGCCUCCGUGCCCGCCGCUGCCUUAAAACUGUCCUCGUCCAGCCUGCCCAAGGUGCCGGGCUCCCAGGGCAUGGACAUGGCUGCAAGGGAAAACCACGAGGAGGAGAAGGCGGCGCUGAACAGUCUGUCUGAAAACACAGUGGCGAUGGAGUUUGGAUACUUUGGACUAGACCCAGUCCCAGUUCACCGGUUUGACGACGGGUCUUUUAAACAAACUGCAGUGUUUUUAAAGUUCAUUUCAAGCAAAGAGAAGUCUGAUCCUGCCACAGCUCAGAGAAGAGGACCACCCCCACUCGGCCAAAGAGGACCACCCUCACUCGGCCAAAGAGGACCACCCUCACUCGGCCAAAGAGGACCACCCUCACUCGGCCAAAGAGGACCGCCCUCACUCGGCCAAAGAGGACCACCCCCACUCGGCCAAAGAGGACCACCCCCACUCGGCCAAAGAGGACCACCCCCACUCGGCCAAAGAGGACCACCCCCACUCGGCCAAAGAGGACCACCCCCACUCGGCCAAAGAGGACCACCCCCACUCGGCCAAAGAGGACCACCCCCACUCGGCCAAAGAGGACCCCCCCACUCGGCCAAAGAGGACCACCCCCACUCGGCCAAAGAGGACCACUCCCACUCGGCCAAAGAGGAUCGCCCUCACUCGGCCAAAGAGGAUCGCCCUCACUCGGCCAAAGAGGACCACCCCCACUCGGCCAAAGAGGAUCGCCCUCACUCGGCCAAAGAGGACCACCCCCACUCGGCCAAAGAGGACCACCCCCACUCGGCCAAAGAGGACCACCCCCACUCGGCCAAAGAGGACCACCCCCACUCGGCCAAAGAGGACCACCCCCACUCGGCCAAAGAGGACCACCCCCACUCGGCCAAAGAGGACCACCCCCACUCGGCCAAAGAGGACCACCCCCACUCGGCCAAAGAGGACCACCCCCACUCGGCCAAAGAGGACCACCCCCACUCGGCCAAAGAGGACCACCCCCACUCGGCCAAAGAGGACCACUCCCACUCGGCCAAAGAGGACCACUCCCACUCGGCCAAAGAGGACCACCCUCACUCGGCCAAAGAGGACCACCCUCACUCGGCCAAAGAGGACCACCCCCACUCGGCCAAAGAGGAUCGCCCUCACUCGGCCAAAGAGGACCACCCCCACUCGGCCAAAGAGGACCACCCCCACUCGGCCAAAGAGGACCACCCCCACUCGGCCAAAGAGGACCACCCUCAGAAGAUCCUGGGUACUCUCUUCGCCCGAACACUUGUGCUCGUAAAUCACAUUCUGUAUCGAGCUGUCGCUGCAGCUGUUCUCACCGCUGGAUCGGAUGUCCUGGUUGCCGUGGUGACGGAUGCGGCCGCGGCGCCGAUUGGUCGGGCGGCGUGCCAGGAGUGA